GGAAAAGAAAAGAGAGGUAAAGAGAACUAUUUACGCAUAGCUCGAGAAGCGACGAUAAACGGUCAGACACGGCAUCAGUGGCAAAGCGAUGAAAGGCAUCGCUAACGAUAAUUAGACGGCCACGCCAAUGGUCACGGAGUCGACGUCAUUAUCCUUGCUACGGAUGCCACUGGUGGUCUGGGUGCAUGCCUCGUGUUCAAUUCGUCAAGAGCAGCCGCGCGCGCAAGGUCAACCGGCGGGGAAUUCAGGAUCUCCGAAUGCGCCAGGUGGACAGUUUACAGGUGCGCGGCCUCGAUGCAUGCCUUUUCGACGAGGGCAGCAAGCUGCAGCUCGUCAAGAAAUACCUUAAGAAGCCUAGUCUGGGCCUCGAGCAAUCGCUGUACGAACGGAGACGCGACUCGGCUUGGUUCGCCUCCCUUGGCUCAACGACAGACAUACAGUCUGUGUCUGUCGUUAGUCAGCUUCGAGCCCCUGCUAAGGGCAUGCGCAACUUCAUCGACAUGGCGCUCACAUCGCACAUCAGCCACGAGCCUCAAAUUCUCUUCUCCAGAACCAUCUUAGCCAUUCUGGCCGUGCCCGACGACGUCAUGGUUACCGAGCACCUCUUCCUCGCCUCGCCCCUCUCUCAGACGCCUUCGAACCGCUUUGGUCAGCUCAGCGGCACUCUCGGCUACAGCUACUACUGGAGCACGACGGACUGGCUGCCCUUGCUCGUCAGCAGCGACGAAGUCGCGGACAGCUGCAUCCACAGCCUCGACGCCUUCCCCAUGGUCAAGCUACUUCGCUUCUUCAGCGUCAGCCCUGCCGCCCUGAGCGACGGCAAGCACCUCGACACGAGCCGCGCUUAG